GACGGGAUGUUUUAUGUGGGCUACACGGAUGGUCGACAGCCGAGGUGUAAAAGCUGUACAGAGUGCACUUUCUUCUACCGUUUCCAGCCGUGCUAUCGAAAUUUAAAACUUUAAAUUCGUUGCUGUGGGUUUUGUGGCGCCAGCGGCGGCGUUAUUUUGAAUUCAUGGACAAAGACAAGUGUAGCGAUAUUGUAAGUAAGCGAGUCUGUUGUUUGCUUUAGCUAAAACGUCACGUUUUCAGCCUAUUUUGAGAGCAGCCAGUAGCUCACACGAGCCAGCUAACUGGACUGUGUGGAGUCUGUUCACUCACCACAUGCAGCCUCUGCACUCAUGCUUUGUGUACCUUUUGCAGCAUGGUCAGUGCUCCUGGAUGGAGAUGCAUCAGUUCCUCGGUGACCUUAUCACAUCUGGAAACUCCUCAAAAAAUCCGCCAGAUGUGUUUAAUGCAGCAUGGGGCGUGGCAGGAGGUGGUGCUGCUGAUGGUGCUCUUGCGUUCAAAGCUACAUCGCUUGAGCCACUUAGACCUGUUCAGGAAAAGAUGGGUGCAGGGGCAUCACAGAGGGCGAGAGAGACCAGAGACCGGAGAGAAGCUUUAGAUCUGCAUCAUGCCUGCACCUGCCCUGGCUGCCCUUUCUCCAGUCUCCCUCCUUCAUUUGAGACCCUAACAUCCAGACAGCCUCUGUCCUUGCCGCCACACUCAGAGACCAUAUCCCACCCAAAAGAUCUCAGUAUUGCUGGUCCAGUGAGCCUUAGCAUGUGUUUACCAGAGUCCACCUUACCCAGCACCACCACCACCACUACAUCUGAGCUAGAGACGGGCCUGCCCAGCCGAUCACAGAACGAGGAUGUAGACAGAGGGACUCAGAGCCAGAACCAAAACUCUGAUGUGCCUCCUUCAAGAGCGUCUUUGUCCCAUCUUUCUAUGUUUCCCCACUUGUGUUGUCACCCCGGCCUGCAAACCUGUACCCAGACACUAGGCCGCCAGGAGGGCACAGACUCCCCGUUUUCUCACACCCAUGCUCACCAUCACUUUCACCACCACCACUGCCCUUUAACGUCCUGUUUACCCUGCCCCCAGCUCGCCCACUCGCACUCUGCUCGGCUCUCUGGCGCGUUUCCAUGCUUGUCUUGCCCUCACUCCUUUCAUGCCUGUAAUCAGGUGUGCCACCGUCAGCACAGGCAAGCACAGCAGCAGGAGGAGAGGGUUAGGACUUCUACAACCUUGCUGUCGUCACUGCAUCCCUGCAUGCACUGCUCCGCCUCAUUUUCUAGACCUUCCCAGCUGCUACAACACCAGCGCUCCGAGCACGCUCACAAACCAGCCGGGUUCAUUUGCACAGAGUGCGGCAGGGCCUUCAAUUCACACAGCAACCUCCGCAUACACCUCAAUGUGCACACUGGUGCACGGCCCUACUCCUGCUCCGACUGUGGGAAAAGUUUCAGCCAGUCUGGAGCGCUGAAGAUCCACAGGCGGAUUCACACGGGUGAAAAGCCAUAUUCAUGUGGCUUCUGUGGCAGAGGAUUCCCCCAUCUGGCAGGGGUGCGUGCCCACCAGAGGACGCACACAGGAGAGAAGCCCUACCGCUGCAACCAGUGUGGCAAGUGUUUCACCCAGUCCGGAGCGCUAAAGAUCCACACUCGCAUCCACACUGGAGAGAGACCCUUUAUCUGCAGCAUCUGUGGCAAGGGCUUUUCCAACCGCUCCGGGAUCCGUUUCCACUACCGCACAGUCCACGGGCUGGCUCCUGAGGUCACAGGGGAGACUGGAGGCGUGUACCGAGGACCCACAGGUCGUGCUUGUCAGCCCGGGCGCCCCAGAACGACACUUCCAACCGGCGCUGCGUUAAAUGCAUCCAACAGUCCAGGUAUCGACUCACAUGCAGUUCUGAAUACUCGGGAUUCCUCAGAUUUAAUUGCUUCUCAUCCCGCCUCUACACCGAUCAGUGGGAACGAGGGCAAAUCUCAGCCAGAAGGAGCAAGAGAGGGGCUGCCGUAUGCAUGCGAAGACUGCGGCCUGCGCUUUAAAGACGCACUGUCCAGAAACAGACACCAGUCUCUGGUGCAUUACUCCCACGAGGGAAGAGAGGAGGAGGGGCAGAGGGAAGAGUUCAGCACAGAUGCUGAAAGUGAAAGAGAGUAAAUUACUGCGGCUGGUAGAUUAUAACAGACUGAACAUCUUAUGGAAUCUGUUCUUUAAGCAAAACUGCUUUCAAAUUGGAAAUUCAGUAAUAUUGCACUCCUUUUUAAGUGUUUUUCUGAUAUUUCACACUAAGAUUGUGCUGAAACUCAACGCUAAACCUUUUCUAUUUAAACACAACCACAGUUUACUUUUAGAAUUCAUGUAUUUUUUUUUCUACUCUCCAUCAGCUUUUCAGUCCUGAUGUAUGUGAGUGAAGUGUCCUAUAUGUACAAAUUUACCCCAUUUUAGCAGUCCUUUAUAUAUCCAGGUAAAAAAAAUCUAAUUUCCAAGAGAGCCUGAUGUCCAUCCAUCACACACACCAAACCAACUGGUUGCUAACACAUCUGUGUAAUUGUGCCUUAUCCAGCAGUCCCAGUGUUGUAUUAUGAUACCAGAAAGCAUGUCACAUUAAUGUAAUUUGAUGGGCUUUUAGUAGCAUUUUAUUAUGGGAUUGAGGACUGCCACUUGGCUCCUUUUAUACAAAAUGCCUUGAAAUAGGAAUGAAAUAGGAACAAGUACAAUUUUAUAUGUUAAACAUGGAUCUGUAGUAAACAUCAGUGUCACAGGUUUAAUUAAGUUAUUUAGUAACUUAAUCAUUUAUAAAACCACAUGUCUUCUAUACAAAAAAAACAACUUUCCAUGGGAUAUAAUAUAAAGUAAAAAAAAAAUAAUACAAGUAUACAAAUAUAACUAUUAUAAUUUUUCACUUAAUUCUGUAAUUCUGAGAAAGGUGCUAUACAGCAGCAAAGGCCUAACAAACAAGGCCAGUAGAGGUGUUUUUUUUUUUUUAAAUGUUAACAUUUUGCGAUAACUCGGCCUCCAGCAGAGGAACGUACUCUUCCUCUGGAGACUUGUUUAACUAGACAGAGCAUUUCUUUCUCCAGGAAAAGUGGCUGAACACAGCUGUUCAUCCAAGCAAAGGACAGUCCUUCCUAAUUAUGUCAUCUUACUGCCUUUCGUGCCUCUCAGUUGUACUACAAUCCAAGCAGUUAUUUUUAGCUGUUGGUAUGUUACCGGGUGAUAAUUAUCUGCGCAGACAAAUAAUUACACAGUCCAUUGUUGCUUAACGUCUGAAGCUCGUGGCAGCCACCUAGUGGUUAUGUGUAAUUAUAACAGUACUCUUUGUUACAGGUUACAAUUUAUAGUGCUUCAUAAAUGUUUUUGAAAUGAUACAUUGUGAAUACAAUGCUUUGUAACAUAUUCAUUUUUUGUUUUGCCUUAAUUUGUGGAGAAGACUACACACAAAUUUCUGUAUGUGCUUUUGGAAAGUGCAGUUAUGUGAUUAAACAUUUCAUCAAACAGUA